AUUCUAUAAUAUAGUUUACUACAAUUUCAGACACAAAAUGGCGGGCUUGGGCCCAGACAUGUCUGCCCUUAUUUUGCUUUCUCGGGAGAAUCUAAUUGGGUGUCUAAACAAGAUCCCAGGUCGUAAGCAGCUUGUGCUUGAACCUGAGUUGACCCGUCCUCUAGAUAGGAUUGCUGGCAUGUCAACCCUCUCCAAGACUGGGGUGGAGUCUGUUAUCAAAUUAGAACGUGGACCUGUUCCCCCCAUGCAACCAAAUUUAUCCAGGGUUUAUUUUAUUUCUGCAAAUCUAAUCCAGGCUAAAUAUGUAGCAGAUCAGAUAUCAUCACAAAUUGUUGGAGAAUCCGUUCUGAGUCCUAUUCAUCUAGUUCUUGUUCCAAGAAAACUGACAAGUAUUGAAAAUCUCUUCGAGGAAGAGGGCAUAUCAGGUUUUGUUACGAUGCAUCAGUUUUCUUGGGAGUUUAUUCCUUUAGAUUUCGAUCUGUUAUCUUUGGAGCUUCCAUCUUUCUUCCGUAAUCAGUUUUUGGGCCAGGAUCACUCUGGACUGGUGUCUGUAGCACGAGCACUCUGGGGAAUUCAGAGUAUAUAUGGCGAUAUACCAAAUCUCUUUGCUCACGGCAAAAGCGUGAAGAAACUGCUGAAUUUGGUCAAUGUGUUUUCCCUUCAAUACGGUCAACCUAGAACUAAACAGGCGGACAUAGGAUACAUCUAUAUAUUUGAGAGAGAUAUCGACUAUGCUUCCUGUCUUCUCUCUCCACUCACAUACGAGGGUCUUUUAGACGAGGUAUUCGGCAUCAGCUGCGGAACUGUGGAAUUUCCUAAAGAAGUGACUGGAACUGACACAACAACUAAACUACAACUUUCUUCCAAGGAUAAAAUGUUCGAAAAAAUACGGAAUAAACAUUUUGCGACAAUUUUCUCGGUCCUGGGCGUAACAGCUAAGCAACUUUCAGCAGCACAGGCCGCAGCAUCCAGUAUGAAUAUAAACGAGAUGAAGAGUUUUGUGCAAAAUGAUCUCAAACAUAUGAAAACGCAGUCAAAGGCUGUUGCAUUGCAUAUUGGAGCAAGUGAGAGAAUACAGAAACUGAAGGGAAGGAUGUUGGAAACACAACUACCAGUGGAACAUACGAUUAUUUCUGCAGAAAACAUAAGGGAUAGUAUUACUUAUAUAGAGGAGAGAAUGGCUCAGUUAGUUCCAGCCAAUAUUUCACUUCGGUUAAUUUGUCUUCUCUCAUAUUGUUCUGAUGGUUUAACUCAGAAUGAUUAUACCCGGUUAAAAACUCAGUAUAUCCAGGCCUACGGGUUUCAUCAUAUAAUUACCUGGUCCAAUCUUACCAAUCUUGGACUUAUCAAAAUCAAGGGAGGAGAGCUUGGAAAGAUUGGGGUUGUAUCCCAGGUAGCUGGGUUGGUCGGAGCUCAGAACAAAACAACAGGUUUUCAGGGACUGGUUAGAAAGUUAGGCCUGGUCAGCUCUUCAGAAAACCUUAGUUUAUCAGAUCCAAAUACUCCAGGGUACGUGUUUAACGGAGCCUAUACUCCUGUCGCCUGUAAGGUUGUUCAGGAAUUGAUAAAAGCAGUUUCACUGACAGGAAAGACUGGGGCUGCAGGCGCAAAAACCAGCUUUAGUGGGACUUCACUUGUGACUGAAGCUUUGAAAUUUUCACCAGGAGAAACUAUUAUUGACAUGAAGAGUCCUGGUGCACCCAAACUGGGGCUUGUGCUUUUUGUUGGAGGGUACACUAUGGCUGAAGUUGCAGCUUUCAGAUGGCUACAAGCGGCCACAGGUUGGGAGUUGAUCAUUGCUGGGACUGGGAACAUAUCAGCUAACCAUAUAAUCAGCCAGUGUGAGAAACUGUGAACCAGACAAGCAAGAGGGGCAACAAAUGAAAAAUUGGUUUUAAAGAAUUUAUUCUUAGAUAAAAACUAUGCUGGCUUUUAAGUUUAAAGGGACUGUUUGCUUAAUUUAGAGUGUCUCCAUGCAAAUAUGGCAAUGCCUGAUUUACAGCGGUACUCUUAAAACGUUAUUCGGAUCAACAAUUUGACAAAUAUUGUCGUUAUUUUAGGUUUAAAAGUGAUUUUGAUAGUUCUUGUAUAAAGGGGGGGGGGGCAUGAAACGU